CCGGUUUUUUUUUACUAUGAAGAUUCCAUACCGUGCGAGCAGUGUUUCACAAUAGUUUUCCAAGUGAAAUAGCAAGGUUUAAUAUAAUACCUAGUCAAACCAUGUUAUCCAGCCUCCGAUCUGGAGUUCAGUUCUUGUGGCGUGUGCCGUCUAGGGCAUUGCAAACCACCUCAACGCUGCAACAUGACAGCCUAUUCGUGCACAGAGAUACACUCGAGGAUAACUCUAGCAUACCUUUCGAGUUUAGCCCCGCAAACCAGAAGGUCAGUGAUGACAGUCAUUUGUUUUGGUUAGGAUUUUUAAAUUUUUCUCGUGUUCGAGCUGAAAGUUAAAUGCCUCUAAAUCUCCCAUUUAUUCAAUAUCGAAACUGCUUAAAAAUGAUUUUGUCUUCAGGUCCAAAAAUACUUAGCAAUGUCUCAAAAAUACUGGCAGAGAUUAUUUAUUGUAAUUUUAGAAAAAUUAUGAUAUUAACUUGUGUUAGAAAUAUAGAAUGUGAAGUAUAAAGUUUCAGCGUGUUGAUGCCCUCCUUGCUAUAUACCCUGAAGGCCACAAGAGAGGUGCUAUGAUUCCUCUUCUGGACUUAGCACAGCGCCAGAAUGGAGGUUGGCUGCCAAUCUCUGCAAUGCACAAAGUAGCUGAAGUCCUCAACCUUCCACGCAUGAGGGUUUAUGAGGUAGCUACAUUCUACACUAUGUUCAUUAGACGACCAAUUGGUAAAUACCAUGUUCAAGUCUGCACAACUACUCCUUGUUGGUUGAGGGGAUCAGAUGUGGUGCUGAAUGCAAUCAAAGAGGCCACAGGCUGUGAAGUUGGAGGAAAUAGUCCAUGUGGAAAAUUCUCUAUUUCUGAGGUGGAGUGCCUAGGUGCUUGUGUUAAUGCACCAAUGAUACAAGUGAAUGACGACUAUUAUGAAGACUUGACAGUAGAAGAUACAAAAGAAAUAAUCGAUAAAUUAAAGAAGGACGAAAAACCAAUGCCUGGCCCGAGGAGCGGAAGGUUUGCAUCUGAACCCCUGGGCGGUCUCACAUCACUCACCGAAGAGCCAACCGGGCCAGGCUUUGGACUGCAAGACGCCUUGAAAUCAUAAACAGCAACCGCUUAUUGUUAUGUAAAUUUUAUUUAUUAGGCAAUACUUAAAUAAAUCAUUUUAGAG